UUACAAAAAACAGUUGUCAAACCAAUGACAAACAAAAAUGUGAUUAACAUCAAAAGAGCCCAGUCGACAAAUAUUAAUUCAAAACGCAAAUCACUCUCAAAAUGGAACGUGGACAUAAAGAUUUGCGAUAUAAAUUAAUUAAUAAAAUGAGAAAUCGUUAUCCUCCCCGUGAUGCUCGAGAAAUAAUUAAUAAAAAGAUUGCCCGUCGCAGGAACAGAAGGCUACAAAACAUGGAAUCAAACAAACACCAUGUUAGUUGGCUUUAUGCAAAAGACAAAAAGUUGGUUCGCAACCACGAUGACGUCGAAAUGUUUGACUUAAGCAAGGGCAGCCUCAGAACUAGAAUACCUGAAGGCAGCUCCUUUCAAAUUAGCAUUAGUAAUCUAUCUUAUGCUGUUACUAUCAAGGACGUUCACGAUCUCUUCUCCAAGUGUGGCCCAAUAAUUCAUGCCAGCCUAGUUUCACCCGGAAAAGCGGUCGUUGUCUUUGAUAAACAUUCUGAAGCGGUUGAUGCUUGCAAAGCAUAUAAUAUGCGUAAUUUCGAAAAUCGCGUUAUGAUACUGUCUCUCCAUAUAAUACAAAAGUUAUAAUAAAAAUAAACACAAAACUGGAGAAGCAGAUGGCCAGAGGCCAUCACCCCCAAUGUAUCACUAUGGGGAACAGUUUUAAU